CGGGUGAGUUUUCAAGAUGGCGACGCCGCAUGGCGACAGAGGGAGGAAUUUAAACACCGGUUUCAUCGAAUUCGCAACAGCAGAAGUUUUCCAAGAAGCUCAGGUUGGAUCACCAAAAAGCCAUACCCUUAAUUUUCAUGAUGACGCUUUGGGCAGUACCUCAAACACCUUCCACAGCAGCCUGGAACCUUCUAUUUUAUCCAUCUUUGGGGACUCGUCUGCUGAAGAGGAGAAGAUUCGGAUAGAUGAGGAAAGUGAAGCUUCACUUCUUUCUGCUUUCUCCGAGAUGCUGGACAGUGUGAUCGAAGACACCCUGUCCCCCUUUGACACGCUUCCUGACUCGAAACUUUUUAUGGGUCAAAGCUGUCUGGAUUCCAGAAUGAGGUUGCAUUGCUUGGACAGAGAAGCUGUUCCUGGAGUCACUAAAUCUUUCACACUUUCAAGUUCAAAAGCAGAGGGCCCGCGUUCAGACAGGCAGUUGAGACCGAGGCUCCAUCGCAGGACUUCGACAGCCACCGUACAGAGAAGUGAUGGUGAGGAAGAGGACCUCAUCGAGACCAGGAGACGCCCUGUGAGAACCUUCUGCAUUGAGUCUGAUAUAGAGUUGUGUCAGGACGAACAGAAGGACAGAUUUGUAAUGGUGUCACUGGUGGAUCUGGUCAGGCACAUGCAUCCAUACAGCCUUAAGAUGGCUGUGGAUAAGAAAGAAAGUCUCAGGGAUAUUGAGGAGCUCCACGAGGAGGAGGAGGACGUGUUUGUGGAUGUUGUGGGUGAUGAAGAUGCACAGGAAACAGUUUUGGGCAAGCCUCUGGUCAGCACUUCCUCUGAUCUGGGUUCUGAGCAGAUAGUUCCCUCUCUGCAAAGUCCUGCACUAUCCAGUGCUAUUCAUAAAUCCAAGGUUUAUGAGGAGGACAUACUGAAGACGUGCUCACCCAACUGUGAGGAAGAAAAGGAGAAGGGUCGUUCUGGAAGAAUGAAGAAGACGGUGAGAUUUGCCCCAGAUUUAGCAUCUAUUCACGUGUACCAGGUUGAAGACGAGGCUGAAGAAGAUAUCCCAAAUGCCUUAUCCCCAGCAGACGUCACAGAUGACCCCAAACUGGCAGAUUCUGUUUCCCAAACCCUGGCUUUAAGUGUUAACUCGGCCGAGGUAACAAAAAAGAUGCCCUCUCAAAAUGGCAACACAAAACUUAAAACUCUCAGCCUCCAAGAGUACCGUCUGCUCCGACAGAAGACGCUUCCAAAGGAAGAGAGAAAAAUGGACUACAAAACCAAGUGGCCUUCAGUACCCGAGACCCCUACAGAGCUCCCUCCAAUACCAUGUAUACCAGGUUACAACUCAUCUCAGGUUAAUGUUUAUAUUCCAUCUCCUAACAGCAAAACCUCAACUCCCUCAAAGUCUAGAAGAAACCUUCCCCUACCUCUGAAAUCACCCCCUAAACAAACUAAAUUAGUCAGAAAGCCUGUGCAAGCUGUCGACCCACCAAACCCGGUCACUGUGUCUCUUCAACCAGAUGCACUUCCGCCAGGUGAACAAAAGGUUAUUCAACAGGAAAUUUGCAAGUCCCAGGCUAACCAGACAAAUCUGAACUAUCCUACAGCAGUCCAGAACUCCCAGCCCGAUUCUGUCACUCAAGAACAGCCUCUGAAUAUUUCACCUGAGGAUGCCCCAGAUGCUGCAGUUAAGCACACAAAGUGUUCUCUAACAUUUUCUAGCAGGGUUAAAUCCAACACUUCUGUUCCAUCCUCACCCGUGACAGCUAUACUAGUGCAAGAUUCUCAGGGAAGUGUACCUCGAGUGCAGUUACCAGUGAGCAACCAGUCUGCAAAGGAGACAAGACAAGAAUCUGCUGAAGAAAAAGGAAUAGAGGCUACUGACGUAACCAGUCUUCUGGAGCAAUUUGAGACACAGGGUCUCACUCCUCCUGCAACUCCCCCACAUCAGAUCUGGAAGCCCUUAACACCCACCCUGAAAACAAAGCACCACGAGGCACCCAAACCAUCUCCCAACAAAACUAUCCAAAUCAUUGAACCCAAGCCACUGCCCCCCAGUAAGAUUCAGUCAAAGCCCCGACCGUCUUCGUCCAUCCCAGCUCCGAGUCUGUUUCUGGCGUUCAUAGAUCACGACUACUGUGGCACUCAGGACUUCGCACUUAAAAAAAGAGAGAUUUCUCAUGUUCGUAUAAACAACAGACCUCCAAAAGAAUCAAGGAAUCAUAUGAGCCAUACGCCCAGGACUUGUUGUGAGGCAGAGCAACUUUCUGGCUCUGUUCUGCUGUCUCCGGAGAGCUCCCCCUGCAGGGUGGAGGCCAGAAGAACAGGUGAAUGUACAGAAGCAGAAAGGCAUUCGCACUGUUUGUGUUCUCCAAGUCCACCAGCCAGAGGAAGGGCAAGGAGGAGGCAUUACCGCAAGAGGUAUCGUCCUUCUGACUCCAGUUCGGUGUCAUCCUCCCGUUCUCCUUCCUGCUCUUCAUCGGCUUCAUCAUGUUCACCACCAAGAAAGAGAUACAGAUCACGGCACUCUGAGAGCAGCUCAAGUUCAUCGUCUCGCUCCAGCUCACGUUCGCUCUCCCCCUCUCCGAUCCGAGGGCGCCGAUGCAAUUACCGCCGCUCACAAUCCAGAUCCUUCAGUCGUUCACGAUCCCGCUCCCACUCUCCGCAGCCAGACUGGAGGCAGAAGUGGAGCAGCUGGAAGAGGAGGAGGGAAUAUUAUCAUAUAAGCCGAGGGGAAGAUAAUCGCAGGGCAGCCAAGCAGAAAGCCAUUGAUGAACGCAGGGUGGUGUACGUAGGAAGAAUACGUGGCACUAUGACCAAGGAUGAGCUCAGGGAGCGCUUUGCACUGUUUGGAAAGAUUGAAGAUUGCACCGUCCACUUCAGGAGUCAUGGAGACAACUAUGGCUUUGUUACAUAUUACGACACAGACGAUGCUUUCACUGCAAUCGAGAAAGGGACAAAGUUGAGACAACCGGACGAACUCCCGUUCGAUAUUUGCUUUGGUGGGAGGCGACAGUUCUGCCGAUCAAAUUACAUGGAUUUAGAUUCAAACCGUGACAUGGACUCAGCCCCAAGAAGGAGCAAGGAUAGCAGCACUCUUGACUUCGACACUCUGCUAAAGCAAGCCCAGCGAGGGAAAAACACGUAGCACAGAGUCCUUUAGGACGAUGAAGGGAUGGACUGAAGGGUGAAAGAAUAAAUAAGGAGCAUGUUGGACACAACCCAAGCAAUUACCUCAGAACUCCCAAAGAGCUUGCACUUAAACUGACACUAAAUGUAACUUGACAUGUAGCUUUCUUUUUGACAUUGAAGUAAAAAAAAAUAUAAUUAAAAAAACCUUCUGUUGAAGUGCAUAUUAUAUAAUAAUAGAGAGAAAAAGUUUGAAAUACAUAAAAACAGAAAAGCAUUAAAUGUUAAAAAAAAAAAAAAAGAGAUGCAUUAUAAUUUAAGUGUUGUCAUUAAUAAUACCCCAUAUCAUUGCGAAGUCAUUUUUUAAUUUGGAAUGGAAAAAAGUGGUUGUUUUAUGUUGAAUAAAAAAUGC